AUGUGGCCCAUUCCGGCGCAUUCUAUAAGUCUCUUAAAAAAGGAGAAUGGAAAAAACUGUAAAAAAUGGUAUGGAAUGGUAUGGUAUGGAAUGGUAUGGAGUGGUAUGGAAUGGUGUGGAAUGUAUGAUCAGCGACGUAAAAUGGGAGCUGAUGGUAUUACAUUGAAGCAUAUUGUCAUUAUUGUUAGUCUAACACGCUUUAAACAAUCAUUAUUUGUAUUAUUUAAAUUAAAAGAAGGUGGACAUAAAAUGACAAUUGACAAAGAAUUUAUCGAUGGCAUGAUUAAAUGCGUUGCUGAUAAUUUGGGUAUAUUUCGUGAUGGUGGAGAAGAACGUUUCUGUUAUGUCAACAUCAAAACUUGUGAAGAAGGCUACUGUUUAUUCUCGAAAUAUUUACUUGAAACUGCAUUGCGACUUUUUGACACAACAAUCCAACAAUUCUCGAGUGGCCCAUUUGCUGCAGGUGAGCAACCUGCUGGAAUUGGUUUACUACAAAUUGGUGAACGGAACUCGUUGGAAUCUCGUUUGUUGGCUGUGCCAUAUCGUUUCUUUUUAAAAAAUGAUUUGUCUGGGAAAAUAACUGGUCCGAACGGUACUAAAGUAAAUGAUCCGGUUCACAACGAUAACCCUACUGAUCUUUCAUUAGCUUUGAACGUAUUAGUGUCGAAACAGCUACUACCAGCUGGUGAAUAUAUUCAAAAACGAAAACUGCUCGUAGUAGAAAAUCCAAAUCGAAGACGUUUUCCGUUGAGUUUUUUUUGGGAAUACGCACUACCUUGGAUGAAUACACUACCUGGAUGGUCUAAAUUCUAUGCCUGCCUAAAUGGUAAAUCUGUUGUCAAAUAUGAUAAUUAUGAUAGUGACAUCGUCCAAGGUGAUGUUCUUCGCCCGAUAUUAAUUUGUGAAGCGAAAACAAUUGAAUUGUACAAUGAACAUUCCAGAAGACAUUAUACGAUUCCCAUUGAUGUGCACCACUGCCCUUAUCCUUGGCAGUUAAAUGUUUGUUUAUUCAGUCCUGGUGAUCGUAUUCGUAUUUAG